AUGGCUGUGCAAAAAUUCAGCCCUGUGUCAAUGGGGAUACCAGAGAAGACGCCCUUGCAGCCCAGCAUUGACGACAACAAGCCAACCAGCCAACAAACAGUCAAUACCAACGGCGUAUCUGAUCCCAAUUCCAAAUCCAGAUUGCCGCCCAAGGUCAAGGCCUGGACCAUUCUGCUCUCCCAUCUGGCCGUGUGCACCGCCCUUGCUCUGAGCAUUGCUCUCGCCAUCAACGGGUACGAAGCCCUCGACGACGACUCGGCCAGCCAUGCCACGUACGUCGACGGCAAGUUGAUCCUGCGCGUCGCAGAUGUCACGACAAUAAUCUCAGCCGUCUUGGUAGUGGUCAAGCUUCUGGUGGGAGCAUGGUCAACGCUGACCGUGUGGGCCUGUGGUCAUUACUUGCUGUCCACCGCCGCCCCGAGCCCAGAUCCAAAGACCACCACUCCCUCAAAAGCCAAAGAGGUCAGCUGGAUGGUACGAUGGAAACUACCGCCCUGGCUGCACCCCCGCUCCGGCAUGCCCAAGAACCCUCGUCAAUGGGUCAUCUCCGUUGCCCUGCUGAUCACCGCCGUGCAGACCUUCAUCGCCCCCAUCAUCACCGGCGCAGUGAAUUGGACGUCGACGCCAGUAUCCGAGCCCGACGCGAGAGUGUCUGUGGCCGCCGUCGACAGUACAGCUGAUUUUGGGGGGUGGAAGUGGUACAACUAUCCCUUUAACCCGCCUGGCCUUGACCGCAAGCCAUACUUACGUACCGCAGCCGGCUAUGCGAGCUUGGUGUGGGGUGACCAGACGACUCUGUCGCCAAACGGAACGUCGUUGACAGGUAAUGGGUGUCGGCAUGUGGUGCAGAGCCAUGACACCGUCGGCCCCAACUCAACCCUCCUCAACGCCACGAUCCCUUGCAUCCGAAUCCACAGCCUCGAGUGGUACAAGGCGGAUUAUGAGGUCCCGCGUGCAGAAUGGGUGUAUGUGGCGGACUCGAGCGAUCUCAGUAUCGUCGAUGACCCCCCGUCGUCAUACUAUCGCCCGGGAACAACCGUGGUUUUUGAUGACUAUGUGUUACGGAACAAGUCGCAGGACUGGUAUAGCAAGCCAGCACCCACAAUCUUCAGCAAGAUGCAGACCGUGGGGAUGAUGGUCAAGCGCGUGGCGAACCAGGAUCCCCCCUGUUCUGCCCUCGACCCCACGAUUUUCGGAAGCGUAGACCACUUGGGUCGCUAUCUCCUGAAUUGGGGGGACUCGACAAACGGGAACUGCUACUUCAUCGGCCGAGUCAACUUCACGGCCGGAGUCACGGUCAGCCCGCAGGCCAAGUAUGUCUCCAACCGCGUGGUCGAGGACCAAACGCCGCUGGAUGAGGUUGUCUUCGUGGAGAACCCGUGGGCCCAGGAAGCCGUGUGGCUGCUGCCCGAUCUGAUGACCAUGGUCGCCGUCAUGAACUCGACGCUCUUGCCCACGUUCGACAACAUCAACGGCUACGUCGAGCUUCUGAUGCGUCAGGCAUACCUUGCCGCCUGGGACAUGUACCACGACUCCUUUGACGAGGACCAAAUCGGCCACGUCUACACCGCGAUCCCUAGCGUGUCAAGACAGCUGGCCGAGGUCUCUUUUGCCCGGGUCUUCGCGUGGCUGGCGAUGUGCGUGCUCAUGACCAUAUUUGGAGCCUUGCUGCUAGUGGCCGUAUUGGCGGGUGAUGACCUGACGCCACCGGAGGAGGAGCUCGAAGAAGCGCAGAAAGAAAGACACGGCGAAGAGACCGAAGGGUUCUUUGAUACCGUCUAUAGUUUGCUGUGUGGGUAG